CCGCUUCUAGCAAUCUGCCUGCGAAAGCCUCUCAGUUUCUGCCCUCCCUGACGCCACUCCCUGCCUGCCUCUGCCCCCCGCCGCUCCGCCUUCCGUACCCUCAAUGGCGAAUCUGCCCCCGUCUCUCUCCAUCGGCUCCUCCUUCGGCGCGCCCUCCCCGCCACCCCCGCCGCCCCCCGCGCCCUCGGGGUCGUCGUCCGCGCUUCCCGCGGCGGCCGGAGUGAGGGACCGGAAGAUGGUAUCCGCGGAGCAGCUCGUGCUCGACCUCUGCGAUCCCGAGCUGCGCGAGAACGCUCUCCUCGACCUCUCCAAGAAGCGAGAGAUUUUUCAAGAUCUUGCUCCACUCCUGUGGCACUCCUAUGGCACGAUUGCUGCACUACUCCAGGAGAUUGUGUCAAUUUAUCCUUCACUUUCGCCCCCAACUUUAUCACCAGUUGCAUCAAACCGCGUCUGCAAUGCACUUGCACUUCUUCAGUGCGUUGCUUCACACCCUGACACCAGGAUCCCUUUCUUGAAUGCUCACAUCCCACUGUACCUAUACCCAUUUUUGAAUACUACCAGCAAGACAAGACCCUUUGAGUACUUGAGGCUUACCAGCUUGGGUGUCAUUGGCGCUCUCGUGAAGGUUGAUGAUUCUGAAGUUAUUGGGUUUCUGCUUCAAACUGAAAUAAUUCCUCUGUGUCUGCGUACUAUGGAGAUGGGUAGUGAACUUUCAAAAACAGUGGCCACCUUUAUCGUCCAAAAGAUUCUGCUUGAUGACAUUGGGCUGCGUUACAUAUGUGCUACUGCUGAGCGUUUCUUUGCUGUAGCUACGGUGCUGGCACAGAUGGUUCAGGCACUUGCUGAACAACCAUCUGCAAGAUUGCUGAAGCACAUAAUCCGCUGCUAUCUCAGGCUGACAGAGAACCAAAGGGCAUGUGCUGCGCUCAAUAGUUGCCUCCCCACCGUGCUGAAAGACGGGACAUUCAACACCUUCCUUCAGGAUGAUCAUGUAACAAGGCGCUGGCUCCAACAGCUACUGCAUAACAUGACAAUCGCCGGCAUGGGAGGAGGAAACUCUCAUGCCGGUAUGGGAGGGGGAGGAAGCCUCGCUGGCAUGGGAGGAGGAGGUUCUCAUGGUAGCAUGGGGGGAGGAGGCCCUCAUGGAGGCCUGGAUCACCUCAUGGGGCUGUGAACCAGGGCUGAGUGGCUGCUGCAGCAACUCAUCCAAGGGCCUGGGUUUGAACCAGCCAAUGUGUUGUAGCUAGGGGGAAACACCCCGGUGUUGUUUGUAGAUGAGUUGUUUGCUCAAAUUAAGGAUAGAUUUUGCCCUUCUUGUGGGAAGAAAAAGAUAGUGAACUACUAGGUAUGUUUCUAGCUCUAGGUGCUGCCUGUUUGGUGGCCUGCAUAUGGCCCUCUACUGUAAAAAUACAAUAAACUGGUGCAGAACCGCUCUCUGCUCUUGGCAAGCGUUUCCAAAGAUGGCGAGAGGCAGUAAAGAAACAUAACAGGCUUUUUUAUAACC